AUGUCCGGCGGAAGCGCUGCCGGAAGGUUUCCUGGAGGCGGUGGGGGAGAGAGAAUACGUGGCGGUGGUUUGGGCUCCGUAGCAGAGGAUAUUGAGGCACCGGAGGGUGGGCGGGUUCGUCAGCCACUGCGGGUUGAGCUCGGUAUCGGAAGGGAUGAAGUACGGAGUGCCGAUGGUGGCGAUGCCGCUGCAGAACGACCAGGGGACGAAUGUGAGAAAAUCAUCAUGACGGCUGUCAAUGCUGAGUUAACCCGAGCGAUUGGAGCAGCCAUUAGGCCAUCUUCGAGCAAAAUCGAUUUCUCCCAUCGAGCUGUAGAUAGGUGUGCGUUUAAUCCUUCCUUCGAGGGACGCUCACUCCAAGCAGUAGGAGUUACUGGUGCAGCUAAAAUCAGAGUCUUUGCCAUGGGAAAUGGAAGUGGGAGCGUAGAUGGGUCUAGUGGCGGGCUGACUUACAAGGGUGCCGGUGUAGAUAUCGACGCUGGGACCGAACUCGUGAGGAGGAUUGCUAAGAUGGCCCCUGGAAUUGGUGGUUUCGGUGGUCUCUUCCCCCUCGGGGAUUCAUAUCUUGUUGCUGGUACAGAUGGAGUGGGUACCAAAUUGAAACUUGCUUUCGAGACAGGAAUCCAUGACACUAUUGGCAUCGAUUUGGUUGCAAUGAGUGUCAAUGAUAUAGUCACUUCAGGGGCAAAACCUCUCUUCUUUCUUGAUUACUUUGCAACUAGUCAUCUUGAUGUCGACCUGGCCGAAAAGGUUAUUAGAGGCAUUGUGGAUGGCUGCCAACAAUCUGAUUGCGCGCUAUUGGGAGGAGAGCCUUUUGUGUUUCAGACUGCAGAGAUGCCAGAUUUCUAUGCAGAGGGUGAAUAUGAUCUCAGUGGUUUUGCAGUCGGCAUUGUUAAGAAGGAGUCGGUCAUUGAUGGGAAGAACAUUGUAGCUGGGGAUGUUUUGAUCGGAUUACCAUCUAGCGGAGUCCAUUCUAAUGGGUUUUCUCUUGUCAGAAGGGUGUUAGAUCGAAGUGGUCUUUCUCUGAAGAACCAACUUCCUGGAAAUGACCUUACUUUAGGUGAGGCUCUAAUGGCCCCUACUGUCAUAUAUGUCAAGCAGGUGCUAGACAUAAUUGGUAAGGGAGGUGUAAAGGGCAUAGCCCACAUUACAGGAGGCGGUUUUACAGAUAACAUACCUAGAGUUUUCCCCAAAGGUCUUGGGGCUGCUAUUUACAACAACUCCUGGGAAGUCCCACCCGUCUUUAAAUGGAUCCAAGAUGCUGGAAACAUAGAAGACGCAGAGAUGAGACGAACAUUCAACAUGGGCAUCGGGAUGGUCCUAGUGGUGCCUAAGGAAGUAGGAAGAAGAAUCGUCGAGGAUGGAGAACACAAGGCGUGCCUAAUUGGCGAGGUCGUAGGGACCGAAGGAGUAAGCUAUUUAUAACCGGCGGAUUCAGUUUCUUCCUUUCGAGUGGUUUCUGAAACGGGACCAAGAUACCAAGAAGUUGCAGGCCGUUGAUGUGCUUUGCUCGUACCUGAGGGGAAUGCUCAAUGAUGUGUAGCUGAGUUCCUAUCGAAGGAAUGAGUUUUUAAUGAUGCAAUUGUGGUUCAAAAUAAGAAUUGCCGCCAAAAGGGAGGAGAAGAAGUUGUACCAUUUGUAAUUAACUCGAGAUGAAAUCAUUAUCAUAAACUGAAAAAAUCUGAAACAAUAUCCUACAAAUUUAAACAUAUUACAAUCGAAAGAUCCCUUCAAACUCUUUUCAUAUCCCCUGAUUCCUCUUCUAAAUUGUUUGUUGCUUUCCGACCAGGACAUAAAGGGCGUAUACCAUACCAGGAAUGUAUCCAAACAUGGUCAGCAACAAGUCUAUCCAGAAUUCCACCUGCAUCAUCCCAUUAGAUACAUUUUCAAAGCGUGAGAUCAUCGAAGAAUCGAGACAGAUGACACGAAUGUACGAAAAUGAUAAGGAUGUUGUCGACUCGAACGUUAAGCAAACAUAUACAGAACAUUAAGAGAAUUAGAGAAGGAACGAAUAGCGAAAUGAGUCAAACUUACGCACCCCACAGCCAAAACGAAGGAAGACGCCAACCGGUGGUAUCAAAAUGGCCAAUAUCACCUCUAGGAAUGUCAUUGAACCCAUUCUCGCCGGUUUCUGUGCUAUGUUCUUUGCCAAGGUGAACGAUAUUUUGUGCUAUUAAAUCUUUUAUACGGAGAUAUGAUGUAAUGAACUUCUUGACCUAUAAGAACAAGAAAGAUGAGAGGUAAAGCAUGAGGGAGGGUA